AUGACUCGACAACGACGACGGGCUCUAAGCUGGACGUUAACUACGUUGGUCGUGGUCAGCUUCUCUCGUUGCCCCUUGGGAGCAGGCUGAGAUGACUAGUAAAUCACCGAGGAAGCGACCUUCCACCAAACCGGAUCACCGUCUGCACUCGACGCCAUUCGGCCACUGGCUCUCACCACACGCCUGCUCAAUUCCGAGUCCAACCUUGCUUCAAGUCCCUCAAGCCGUUGCAGAGGGCGAGCGAGCCGAGCUUGCCUGUGAAUACAUAAGAACACAUCUGACCACUCAAGACGAGAUGCUUUUCCGAGGUUCCCCCGUGGCCAGCGCCGAUAUCCUGCCCAAUUUCGCAAGCUUAAGGACAUCGCAGCUAUAAGAGGCCGAAGUGUCUUUGUGAGAUGGGGUCAUUUGUUUUGAGAGGAUAUCGUCGCAGCAUCCCCGUGGAAAAGCUAAAGCCAUGUCCCGUACAUUCCUGGACGCCUCCAUCCUCGAGCUCGUGCAGAAGUUGUCCACGGAGGAGAAGAUAUCUCUACUCGGGGCACCGAACUGGUGGAACACGACGUCGAUACCCAGGCUUGGCAUACCGUCCAUUCGUAUGAGCGAUGGGCCAAACGGUGUGCGAGGCUCUUCUCACUUUGUCUCGACUCCUGCACAGUGUUUCCCUUGUGCGACGUCUAUGGCAUCUACGUUCGACCCGGAACUUGUGCACAAGGUUGGAGCCUUGCUUGCGGCAGAGGCAAAAGUGAAGUCCUCGGUCGUUCUGCUCGCUCCGACUUGCAACAUCCAGAGGACGCCUCUCGGUGGGCGCGCCUUUGAAUCUUUCUCAGAAGACCCUCAUCUCUCCGGUAUUAUGGCUGCUGCCUAUGUGGACGGCCUGCAAGAGAACGGCGUUGCUGCUACAAUUAAGCAUUACGUCGGUAACGACCAGGAGCACGAGCGGACCGCUGCCGAGUCUGUGAUCUCUGACCGUGCCCUGCGAGAGAUCUACUUGUACCCGUUUAUGCUCGCCCAAAAACUCGCCAAGCCUUGGGCAUAUAUGACAUCGUAUGGCCGCAUACAUGGAGUCCAUCUGUCCGAAAAUCCCUACUUUCUAAAGGAUAUUCUUCGCAGAGAAUGGGGGUUUGACGGUCUUGUCAUAAGCGACUGGUUUGGGACAUACAGUGUUGAUCAGUCUAUCAAUGCCGGUAUGGACCUCGAGAUGCCCGGUCCCUCACGUUGGCGUACGCCUCUGCUCGUCACCCACAUGCUGAGCAGCCAGAAAGUGCUGGAUUCUACGCUGAACGAACGCGCUGCGACAGUGCUCGCGUUUGUCCAGAAGCAAGCGCGGAGGAACCCCGAGGUCGUCUAUGGUGACGGCCAAGAACGUACUCGGGACAAUCCUGAGACUAGGGCUUUCGCUCGGCGCCUCGCUGCAGAGGGUAUGGUAUUGCUUAAGAACGAAGGUUCAGUGUUACCCCUGAAGGUCGAGAAGGACAAGGUGAAGAAAGUCGCGAUUAUUGGGCCGAACGCGAAGGAGCGGGUCAUUUCUGGAGGUGGAUCGGCACAGUUGAAAGCUAGUUAUGUGACCACUCCGUAUGAAGGCUUGGUUGGCAAUGCACCAGAAAGCAUCGAGUUUUCGUACGAGGUCGGCUGUUACGCGCACAAGUUCCUUCCCACACUCGAGAGCUUCUUGACCACACCUUCCGGCGAGUCGGGUUGGCUUUGCUCCUUCUACAACCACGACACUGAAGGCGAGCCCACUGGCUCCACUGUCGGGGAAUUCGUACUUCGUGACACCCGCGUCAAGCUUAAUGACUUCCUCCCGGCUGGUCUUACACCAACUUGGACGAUCAAGCUUACCGGGAAACUCACGGUAGAGAGCACCGCUGACUAUGAACUCGGUUUAACCGUCGCCGGACGAGCAAAGCUAUUCAUCGACGGCAAGUUGACGAUCGAUAACUGGACGAAACAAAAACCUGGAGAAUUCUUUUAUGGUCAAGGUACAAUCGAAGAAAAGGCGGUGGUCCCGCUCGAAGCUGGAAAGCCUGUGGACGUGUACGUCAAGUAUACCAAUACGAAGCCUCCUGAAGGCCCCGAGGCCGACCGCUCGCAACCCGCGCUUAUGCGGGGCGUGCGCCUUGGCGGCUGCGAGAAGAUUGACGUCGACAAGGCUCUCGAAGCUGCGGUAGAGCUCGCUGCCAAGUCUGAUGCAGUGAUCGUUGUUGCUGGCCUGUCUCCAGAAUGGGAGUCUGAAGGGUUCGAUCGGCCGACGCUCAAUAUGCCCGGAAGGCAAAACGAGUUGAUUGGGCGGGUAGGUAGGGCGAACGCGAACACUGUGGUCUGUCUACAAGCUGGAUCCGCUGUUUCGAUGCCAUGGGUCAAUGAUAUCAGCUCCAUAAUCCAAGCAUGGUACUCUGGCAACGAGGUUGGGAGCGCCCUGGCCGACGUGAUCUAUGGCAGUGUCAAUCCAUCGGGUCGUCUGCCCCUGACAUUACCGGUCCGCGAGCAAGAUACCCCAGCCUAUCUGUGCUCGCACAGCGAGAACGGACAGAUCCACUACAGAGAAGAUAUAUUUGUUGGUUACAAGUGGUAUCAGGCCCGUGCAAUUGAGCCGCUGUUCCCCUUCGGGCACGGCCUAUCCUACACCACCUUCUCCCUUGCUGACCUCGUCAUAUCCUCUCCGGUAUCGUCUGCUUCUCUGUUUGCUCUUGAUGUCUCUGUCAAGGUGACGAAUCUGGGAAGCGUCACGGGCUCCGAAGUCGUGCAAUUCUAUGUCAUUCUUCCUGACAUCGGCCUUGCCACACCCAGCCUGCAACUCCGAAGCUUUUCCAAGGUUAAAGACCUCGAGCCCGGCCAGUCAAAGACUGCUACCGUGCAACUGGAUAAGUACGCGGUGUCCUAUUGGGAUACGAGGCGGAACGCAUGGGUUGCAAAGGCCGGGAAGUAUGGGCUGGCCGUCGGUAGGAGCAGCGAGGAUAUCGUGCUAAAAGGAUAUUUUGAACUGCAGAAUGAAUUCGAAUGGAAUGGCUUGUAAACAAACGAAGCGAAGGAAGUGUACACUGAUUCC